AUGGUGAUGGUGGCGCCUGGCGUCGAAGGGGGCGGUCCGGUCUCUGAGUCGGAGGCCGGCGUGUCUAAAGGGCCAUAUGGUGCCCCGCGGUGUUCCAUGACCGGUCAAUCGUCGGGGGCGUUGAGGGCAUCUAAUGCAGCUGGUGAAGGAAGAAAAAGCGUGAACCCCUUCUCACCCAAGGCGUCUUUUCUCAGAUACUGGCGCAACACCGAGCUGCCUGCAUUCCUCCUCGCCAAAUGCUCGCCUUUAAACGCCACUCAGGCGGCUACCUACGCUCGUUAUAUUGACGCUCACACCCUCCAAGAGCAUCUCCCUUUUUUCUGUGCAUCCGCCAACUUCUACUGCACGUUCCUGAAGAAGAAGAAGCGGCCGAACUUCGUCAAGUACACGAAGGCAGGCAGCAGCGACUUCACCAACUACUCCGUCAGCAGCAACGUCGCCGAGGUCACAUUCGCCACCUACGGCGGCGACCAAGACGGGCACUGCCAGCAGUUCACACGCUACGAGUCGGACGGCAACGUCGGGGCGGGACGGUUCUCCAAAUACAACACCGAAGGCAUCGGUCAAUUUAAUAACUACGGUGACCACAGCAACGUCGACCAGCACCGCUUCACCCGCUACGGCGACGACACCAACGCUGGUCUCCAGAUGUUUACAAGCUACACCGAAAACUACAAUGUCGUCGGGAACGACUUCAAGUCGUAUGGCUCCGUCGCCAAUGGCAUGAGUAGCCAGUUUUCUGGCUACUCGACGAGAUCCAACGUGAUCACCAACAAGUUCACGUCCUACAACAAGGAGGGCAACGGCCCGCUGGAUCAGUUCACCAGCUACGCCGAAAACGGCAACAUCGUCCGGAACCAGUUCCAGUCUUACGAGGCCGGUGGCAAUGCCGGGCUCGAGCAGUUCCAAUCGUACUCUGAGCUCGCGAACUUACCGGACAAUAGUUUCCGGUCGUACGGGAAAGGCGAUAAUGGUGCAAGCCUUUGGUUCGAGACAUACGGCAACGCAUGGAACCCGUUGGUUCAGUUCACGGAAUACGGGAAGGACGGGAACAGCAUCACCGCAUCCUUCACCUUCUACAGCAAAGACAACACCACGUUCAGCGACUACCACCGGACAGGCACCACUUUCAACGACUACCGUAACACCACCGUCUCGAACACGGCCCUCGUCGAGCCAGGGAAGUUCUUCCGCGAGGCGUCUCUCGUAUGCGGCCACCGCAUUCGGAUGCCGGACAAGCUGCCACCGAGGUCGUUUCUCCCGAGGACCAUAGCGGACAAGCUUCCUUUCUGCUCCCGCCGGUUGCCGGAGCUCAUUCGGACUCAACGCAUCCGGGUUGCAGCAAUGAUCGAGAUCAACAAUCUAAUGUUGUUUUCAUUCAGUUGGCCAUGGUCCGAACAUUGGCCGAUUGCGAGCGACCGGCAGGCAGUGAAGGGCGAAACGAAAAGAUGUGUGACCUCGAUCGAGGGGAUGGCGGAGUUCGGAGCGUCAGUGCUGGGCGAGAAGGCAUGGGUGUCGAUGACGGCGAACACGGCCGGGUCCGGCAGGAUGGUGGAGGUGGGGAAAGUCCAGGGCCGGAGUGGAAGCAACGAGUUCCUUUACUUCAAUGAACAUUGCUAUUGGUUGGGAAGCAACGAGUUCCUUUACUAG